UAACUUGCAGAGGUUUGAAGAUCUUUUUUUCUGACUCAAAAAAAAUUUGAAAAAUGUAUUGCGACAGGCCUAGAUAAUUCUUGUAUCUAUAAUUAAUUUGGAACACAAUUGGAUACAUGGCAUUCCUUCCAGAUUUAUUCAUCUCAUCUCUUCCAUGCCUAUAUCAAUUUGACAGUUCAUCACCUACGUAACCACGUCUUCCUUCAGGUAUCCUCACAACGACGGUGAAGAGGAGAGCUCACUUGAAACUCAUUGACUUUUCAGGAGGAGGAAGAAGAAGAUGGAUUCUGCAGCUCAGAAACACGUUCUGAUGAUAUGUGGAGACUACAUGGAAGAUUAUGAGGCAAUGGUACCAUUUCAGACCCUUCAAGCAUAUGGAAUAAAGGUGGAUGCAGUGUGCCCCGGGAAAAAAGCUGGCGAUAAAUGCCCCACUGCUGUACAUGAUUUCCUGGGUCAUCAGACUUAUUCAGAGCUACGAGGUCACAAUUUUGAAUUGACAGCAACAUUUGAUGACAUUGAUGCAAGGAUGUACGAUGGGUUGGUGAUUCCUGGAGGACGGGCACCUGAGUACCUAGCUCUGAAUGAAUCUGUUCUUAGAUUGGUCAAGAAGUUUUCCGAUUCAAACAAACCCAUUGCUUCUAUCUGUCAUGGACAAUUGAUUCUUGCUGCUGCAGGUGUGUUAAAAGAGAAAAUGUGUACUGCAUAUCCUGCUGUAAAACCUGCUGUCGUUGCUGCAGGGGGAGCAUGGAAAGAACCAGAGCCAAUAUCGGCCUGCUUCAUUGAUGGUAAUUUGAUCACUGGUGCAGCUUGGCCAGGACACCCUGAGUUUAUAAGACUUUUCUUCAAGGCACUGGGAGGAGAGAUUACUGGCUUAGCGAAACAUGUUCUCUUUCUCUGUGGGGACUACAUGGAAGAUUAUGAAAUAAUGGUUCCAUUCCAAGCUCUGCAAUCUCUAGGUUGCAAUGUUAAGACUGUUUGCCCUGGCAAGAAUGCUGGAGACACAUGCCCAACUGCUAUCCAUGAUUUUGAAGGUGACCAAACAUACAGUGAAAAACCAGGCCAUAACUUCAUGCUUAAUGCCAAUUUUGAGGAUGUCAAGGUUGAAGACUUUGAUGCUUUGGUAAUUCCUGGAGGUCGUGCUCCUGAAUAUCUUGCACUAAAUGACAAGGUUUUAUCCAUUGUAAAGCUGUUUGAAGAAAAGAAAAAAACAAUUGCCUCAAUUUGUCAUGGGCAGCAAAUACUGGCAGCAGCAAACAUUCUCAAGGGAAAAAGGUGUACAGCAUAUCCAGCAGUAAAACUUAACGUGUUGCUUGCUGGUGCUGAAUGGUUGGAACCAGAACCAAUAACUAAAUGCUUCACAGAUGGGAAUCUAGUGACAGCAGCAGCUUGGCCUGCACAUCCUGAAUUUAUCUCCCACAUUAUGGUGUCGUUAGGAAUCAGUGUAUCAUUUUGAGCUGAUGCUCAUGUUAACUGAGAACUAAUUGUAGUUUGUAUGUGCAAAAAUGCUUAGAUGUAUGGACCUGGUCUGUUUAAUAUGUAAUGGAACUCUGUAUUGAUAUGCAUUAGAGUAAUUAGAAUUUAGAACACAUUCCCUGACCCUUGGGAAUGUGUUCAUCUUAAAUACUUCUGGGGGAACUUGCAGGUACUUAAAUUGAUAUAAGUUCUUUUUUGCUUGGUAAAUUUUGUGUGAGGUCAUGAGUUGCUUUCAA